AUGUCAAAUCAUCGCGCUUCCCUCCUCGCUGGCCUCCGCACUGGUGGUGUUCGCUCGGUUUCGAACCCUGGUCAGAUCCCAAAUGCACCCAUGACAGCCGCUAUUGGCGGUCAAUUCCCUCGUCAUUCCUCUCCCUUCGUGUCGGGCAACGUCGUUGAAUUUCAAGGCUCUGACCAGUUUUAUUCCGACUCUUUUGAUACACUGCCGCCUGGGGCGCCAAUGACUGCUUCAGUUUUGGACGGUGGUAACUUUGUCAAUAUGCAACAGCAACAUGCCCAAGCCGUGUUUCUACAGGCUCAAAUGCAAGCGCAGGCGAUGCAGCGCGCCUUUUUGGUUGGACAAGCCAAUGCAAAUCGUGGUGUCUCCCCUGACCCACAGACCAUUCAGCUGCAAAUUGACUUGCUCAAGCUUCAGGCAUUGCAACAACAGCAACAACAGCAAUUUCAAGCUCAGAUGCUUGCACAGGCCCAGUUGCAACAGCAGCUCCAGCAAACUUCGCUCCCCCGCCGUCGUACCACAGAACCUACGACUGCCGGAUCCACUCCCUCGGUGUUCAGUCUCCCCAGUUUGGCACGUUCCCGCAAUGCUUCUGGCACAAAUGUGGACAACAUCGCCCCUCCUACGUCUGCUCUCGACAGCCGGUUCCCCACAAGCCGCGCGGCAUCCAGCCUCAACCCGAAUGCUGCUGCGUUCAAGAUGGGCGAGUCCGCUACCGCCAGUGUCACGUCGAAUAGUUGGAGGUCGGUGUCGAACACAGUCCCCACCGUGCAGAGCGGUCAGUGUCAGACGACUGUCAUUAGCGGAGGCACGUCCUUGGGAGCGAGCCAGGCAAAGCAUGAUGCCGCUGCUUCGUGGAGACGUUCUUCAACGACAUCCGGUCCCCCAAGUCCGACUGCGCCUCUGACCCGCGGAUCCUCUCCUCCCUCGUCGCCACCAGCUGUCUACGUCUCAACUCCAGAGGAGACCAGUCCCACGGAAUCUAGGAGUACCUCUCAAAUGACCCUUUUAGUAAAGCCGCGCCCUAUGCCUCUCCACUUCAACCUCAGUACUCUUCAUGAUGCCACUGAGGAUGGGAUGGCGGGGCAGGUCCUCGUCACUCCUGAGGAAGAUGACAGUAGGGAAGCUACCCCCACCUCAGGCACUUCUUCCAUUUCCUCCGCUCGUGAAGAAGCAUCGAAGAGGUUAUACGAGAGCUUGGGCAUUGGCCGACCAGCGAUGCAAACAGAGAUUAUUCGCCAGAUUUCAUUGCCAGCGAGGCAACCACGUGGACCUCCCUCUGGUGUGGAGGAAUUAGGUGCGAAGAACUUUGCUGCCCGCAUCAGGCGCAGAGCCAUCGGGGGCCUUGGAUCUCUCAUGGAAUCCAGGAAUCGUCGAGUCUCCAUGAUUGAAGUGGAGGCUUUCUGA